AGCACUUUAAGCGGUUCAGAACUGCGAGCUCCAUUGGAAAAGCCAGAACUGCGGCUUCAGCCCGAGUUCCUGAGUUUCUGUGGGUUUCCAGUGGCUCCCUCGGAAGACGAGGACACUCAGUCACCUCGGCUCACUCACCGCAUCUUUUCUGGCAGCGAUGGGGGCGAAACACUUCACUGUGUUUUUGCUCAACACUGCGGUCUUCAUGCACGGAUGAGAAGAAUCAAGUUUUGACAACCAACAUCUGGUUACAGCUGUACUGGGUGGACUAUUACCUGCAGUGGAACAUGACUGACUAUCCUGGUGUGACCAAUGUGAGGUUCCCUGAUAAUCAAAUUUGGAGGCCAGAUAUUCUGCUCUACAACAGUGCUGAUGAGAGGUUCGAUGCUACUUUCCACACCAAUGUGCUAGUCAACUCAUCGGGCUACUGCCAGUAUCUACCACCAGGAAUUUUUAAGAGCACCUGCUACAUAGACGUUCGCUGGUUCCCCUUUGACGUGCAGCGGUGUGAUCUGAAGUUCGGCUCAUGGACGUACGGUGGAUGGUCUCUGGAUCUACAGAUGCUGGAUGCAGAUAUCACAGGAUACAUUGCCAAUGGAGAGUGGGACCUAGUGGAGGUUCCUGGCCGGCGGAAUGAGAGGUUUUACGACUGCUGUAAGGAGCCGUAUCCUGAUGUUACCUUCACGGUGGUAAUGAGAAGGAGAACGCUGUACUACGGGCUGAACCUCCUCAUCCCCUGUGUGCUCAUCUCCACCCUCGCACUGCUGGUGUUCCUGCUGCCCGCUGACUCAGGAGAAAAGAUUUCACUGGGAAUCACUGUCCUGCUGUCACUGACUGUCUUCAUGCUCCUGGUGGCUGAAAUCAUGCCAGCAACAUCAGAUUCAGUGCCACUGAUUGCUCAGUACUUUGCCACCACAAUGGUGAUUGUAGGGCUGUCAGUCAUUGCUACAGUGCUCGUGUUACAGUACCACCAUCAUGACCCAGAUGGUGGCAAGAUGCCAAAGUGGACUCGUGUGCUGCUGCUGAAUUGGUGCGCGUGGUUUCUGCGCAUGCGGAGGCCGGGUGAGGAGCGUGUCCGCUCAGCCUGCCACAACAAGCAGCUGCGCAGGGGCAGCGUGUCCAGCGUUGAGCUGUCCGUCAGCCAGGGGGCGCUGCAGCCCAACAACAGCAACAUGCUGUACAUCGGCUUCAGGGGCAUGGAGGGAGUGCACUACACUACCUCACCUGACUCAGGGGUGCUCUGUGGCCGCCUCAUGGGAGCCAGCGAAGAGGACGUGCUGUUGCCAGGGGCAACGGUUUCAUCAUAUCAAGGUGGGGUUGGAGUUGGAGGUGGAGUCAAUGGAAGUAUCAUAGGUGGGGCUUCAGAGACCGAAUUAGCUAAGAUUCUGGAGGAACUGAGGUACAUCGCGAGGAGAUUUCGGAACCAGGAUGAAGAUGAGAGCGUGUGUAAUGAGUGGAAGUUUGCGGCGGCUGUUAUCGAUCGCCUCUGUCUUAUGGCCUUCUCUAUCUUCACCAUCCUCUGCACUUUUGGUAUUCUUAUGUCUGCACCCAACUUUGUGGAGGCCAUAUCAAAAGACUUCUUCAAUUAAAGCCGAAAGAAACAUGAAGACUCUUAUUUCUUACGCAAAGGUCAUUUCUGAAAUAUUUUGAAGACCACACCAACCCAACAUUCUCCAAUCAGCACUAAUAAUCCAGGGUUGACAGUUGUGUUUAGAAGGUUUAGAAUAAGAACCAAAUGAACAAAUUCAUAGAAUAGCAAGCAAUUAUUAAAACAUUCGGCCAAAUUAAUACUACUGUGAAUGAGACUGCCAACAACCAUGCUAACUUUUCUUUGUGUGAGUAUUAGUACUUCCCAUUAGUCUUCACACAACAAACACAUUUACAGUUAGUAGGAGUGGCAGUAUGGUGAAAACAUAACAUCACAGUUUAUCUAACAUUUUCCUGAUGCACAAUAAGUAUCCCAGUAAUUAGUUUAAUUAAUUAGAGAUUUAAAAAAUAGGAACAGACAAAAAACAAGUUGAUAAAACAAAGUAGUGCAACAUUUGAAAUUACAAGCACAAAUGAUAUUCAGCUUUUUACAUGCUGUGCUGCACUAAAUCCAAUUAAACAGACCUAAUUAUGCUGUCUUUGUAAUGAAACACGCAGUUGGUCAGUCUUGCAGGGUCAGACUUGAUCUUGUAAUGAGAGUGCAUGUCUGGGGUGCUUGAUUGGUGAAAUCUGCCUCAAAAAACUGGAUGCCCCUCCUAAAACCCAACCCCAGAUUCCUCUAGUCCAUGCUGUUUUGCAUCACAAUCACUAACACAUGCAAAACAAUUUUUUUUUCUGUUUUCUACACAUACACAACACACAUCUACAUGCUUUAGUGGAGUUCAGGGGACUUUUCAGCCAUGCUAACUUACACAACGUCCAUGGGCUACUGACAGACUUGUUGUACACCAAGACAAUGUUGAAAAGGGCACACCGUACUUUGCACUCUGCCUUCACAAAGUGUUUGGGUUGGUUAAGAAAUUUCACGCUCUGUUCCCAUCUUAAUGGUUCCUUUACUACCCGCAUCUAGCUGACAAUUUCUCAUAGAUGUCCGCAGAUGUUCUCAUUAUGAGAUCACUUCAGGCACCACUGGACUGGAAGUUGGUCAGUCAGGUCACUUCUUUAAGUACUCAGGAUAUACAUGACAUGAUCAAAAAAGUGUGAUUUAUAUGUGAUUAGCGAUUAAAUCUUGCCAUAUUCUUGCCCAAUUAUGUUUUUUUUUUUUUGUGUGUGUUUUUUUUUUUUUACCUCCACUUAACUAUAUUUUUGACUUCUUGACACUGUACCCACACUUUGGAUUGUUUUGUUGAUGCUUGUUGGAGAGCGUUGGGUCUGUGUCCUCCAGGCUUUAAAGCCACACUGUUAAACGAAUUCUCUGUAAACAUUUACUGUUAAAAUAGAAACGAUCUUUGAAACCGUCUGCGCCACUGGGUUUAUACACAGGUUACACAGGUGAAUACAGGCUCACCAGUUACUCACUUUUUACAGCAAUACACACAAUGUUUGAGAUAUCUCAUUGUGAGUUAUGUAUGAUUAAGUGUACUCUUAUUGUUCGGUAUUGGUAUUACAGGUUGUUGGUGUACGUGUACAGUGACUCUUGAAGUAGUUUUCAUAAAGGUAUUUCUAGCUUUUUCUUGUCCCACAGAAAGUCUCAGUGUUUCUGUAUCAACUUUGGUCAAACUGAAUCAUGUCACCUGAAAACCUCGCCUUGAAUUUGAGUUGCACACCUACAAAUUGCAGUUCCUUAGUGUAAACAACAAUCAACACAGUAUGAAUUUCACGUUCCAUGUUUAACAUUUCAGCAGGUGAUUAUUACUGAUUACACACAAAUCCAGUCAAGCACCAAAAGAAAAAGAAUUGGGUGUCAGCAUUCCUGUCUGCUAAAUGGAGCCCUGGUUUUCUUUCUUCUCUCCCUUCUUUGCUCUCCUUCUCAUGUUUGUGCAUUUGUGCAUUCCAGUUUUGUGAGCCCUUUACAAAUAAAUGUAUUUUUCUAAA